UACAACCAGUGGAUCAACAAGUGGAGGUUCAACAACACCAACUGGUGGAUCCACAACAACUGGUACAUCAGCUACAACUGGAGAUUCAACAACAAGUGGUUCAACAACAACUGUUGGGUCGACAGCAACUGCAGGAUUGACAACAAGCAGCGCAUCAACAACAACCGGUGUUUCAACAACAACUGGUGGAUCAACUACAACUGAAGACUCAACAACAAGCGGAUCAACUACAACCGGUGGGUCAACAAGUGGAGGUUCAACAACAAGUGAUGCAACAACAACAACUGCAGGUCCAACAACAACUGGUGGACCAACGACAACAUCUGGAGGUUCAACAACAACUGUUGCUUCAAUUAUAACUGGAGAUUCAACAACAAGUGGAUCAACUACAACAACUACAGGGUCUACAACAAAUGGUGCAUCAACUACAAUUGAAGGUUCAACAACAACUACUGUUACUACUACCACUGCAGCUCCCCCACCAAUUGUGGUUCUCCAAGCAGUCUUGAUAGAACCAUUUGUAGAAGAACUCACUGAUAAAAACAGCAUGGAAUUCAAGACUCUUGAAGCAAACGUUGUAGCAGUGUUAACUGUCAUCUACAGGACCCAAUUUGGCGCUAUUUUCAACCGCAUUUAUGUCAUCGAGUUCAGGCAAGCUGUGGCCAGAACACGAAUGGGAAAUACUGAACUAGUGCUAGGGAUUGAGUUCAAUCAAACUGCUUCAGCUUCAGAAAUCCCACAGACUAUUGUUGUUGCAGAAACCUUAGUCGACGCUGUGUCUAACAACAGUACCUCAAACCUCCUUUUUGUUGCCACCUCCAUCGAAGCAACUCAAGGAAAUGUUACAACGGCAGCACCCUCUCUAAAUACUACAACUACUGCAAUCUCACCUGCUGCAACUACAACUACCAGUGCUGCAACUACGGCUACAACGACCUCAACUACAACAGCUGCAGCUACAACUGCCUCAACUACAACUGCUGCAACUACAACUACAACAACUACUACAACCACCACAUCAGUAACGACAACUGCUGAGGCAAUGACAACAAGGCGAUUGAUUUUCAGAUCUGCUGGAGAGACAUUUACAAGUGACUUGCAGAAUCCAUCAUCUGCAGCUUUUACGAGGCGAGCCUCAAUAAUAAAGACGAUGAUUGAACCUUUGUACCAAGAAGCAUUUCCUUCAUUCCGCACAUUGAUGGUGCUUUUUUUCAGUAAUGGCUCAAUCAUCAACCACUCGGACCUUACAUUUUUAUCCACAUCUGUUCCUAAUGGCACUCAGAUUAUAGAUGUUUUGGUCGGAGCAGCUUCAAACAUCACAGCCUUCAACAUUGACACCACCUCCAUUUCUGUGGAUGGCAUACAAGUGUCAAGUGGAGUAAGCCACAAGAUCAGGCUCAUCACUGCAUCCUUCCUUGUGCUGCUGUCAUGGCUACUGUCAAGCCAGCAAUAGUGCAGGGGUUAUGUCAAUGUGAAAUAAGACUUAUACUACUGAUAUUUUUCUGUUUGACGUCCCAGAAAGCCCAUCCAUGAGACAACUUUAAGCAUCUGGUCCACUGAAUAAAAACAAGUUAUCACUGUAAUUAAUUGCGUAAAAAAUGAGAGUAAUGACAAUUGAAACCUUGUAUAUCAGACACACCACACAUAAAACUUUCUCUAUGUACAAACACAAUUUUGACUUAUUGUGCUAUAAUAAUACUGUAUAGUUUAGAACAACUAACAUUUACAUUUAACAUAAUGCCCUGCAUGAUUAUAAAGUCACUUUUCUUAUUUAUAUGAAUUUAUAUUAUCAUACAUAUGUGUAAUCUGUGAGCUGACCUGUAUUUUUGUACAAUUUGAGUAAAAAAGACUAGGUCUUAUUGAUGAUCAGAAUACAAGAAAUGUGUAUACUAUAUUAUUAUAGGUUUUUAACAUCUAAAGUGGAUAAAAAAAAGUGUAUCACAUUAUAUUGAAGAUGCAUCCAUUAAAGGCACUGAAGAUAUGA